UGUUGCAGCAGGGAGGUGAAAAAGAGGAUAAAAGGUAACACAUGAACAGUGACUCAAAUGAGAACACGACUCUUCAUCGGAGCAAACGCAGAUUUCAAGAUGACGUGUUUCCUUCUACUGGCGAUGUUGGUGGUGUGUGCUUCAGCUCUUGAAGAUCUGUCAGGAAAGAUGUUCACCUUCCCAGCGGAAACAAACUCCGAUCAUGUGAAGUUGAUCACGACGAAACAGAAUUUCGGUGUUGUAACCGUCUGUCACAGAUCCAUUACAGACCUCAAAAGAGACCACUCCCUGUUUUCUUUGGCCACCCCCUCUACUGCUAACGACUUCCUGAUUUUCUGGGAUGAAGGCAAACAAGAGGUUUCGCCCCAUAUCAGGGAUAAAAGGGUAGGGUUUGGAGGUUUCGACUACAAACCAAACACCUGGCACUCCAUCUGCAGCACAUGGGACUCUACGUUUGGAGUGGUGCAGGUGUGGGUCGAUGGACAACCUUCCAUUCGGAGAUUUAUCAGCUCUGGAUCAAACAUCAUUGGGCAACCUUCGAUUAUUUUAGGACAGGAACAAGAUUCUCACGGCAGUAGGUUUGACACUAAACAGUCUUUUGUUGGCAUGAUGUCUGAUGUCCACAUGUGGGACUACGCCCUGUCCGCCUGCGAAAUCCAGAACUACAUGAACAGCCAGAGCUUCACUCCAGGAAACGUGCUGAACUGGAGGGCGCUGGACUACAAAAUCGUUGGCAACGUGCUCAAAGAAAACCAAGACAUACUUUGUGACUUAACUUCCAAAAUGACGGCGGCGUAAGUGUCGGAGAAGGUGGCGAGUCAUAACUUUUAUGUUUCAUGUCCUGUAUAAAGGAUAAGUUACAAAUACUAACAACUUGUGUUGAAUCAUUAGCUUCUGGUGGAUGAGUUGAUUUCCUUAAGUCUCUUUCCCUUCAAUAAACAUAUGAAAGCAUUA